AUGUUUUUUCAUGUUAUAGGUAGCACAGCAAGCAUUUGGUGGAGAUGUACCAAGUUGAAACCUCCAGAUUUCUACAACUACCUAAACCAGUCAAGUUGCAUAAUCAACGGCGGUGGGUCGGUCAUACACAGAUUUUACAAGCCUACACAAAAAUAUAUUAUGUUUUUUCAUGUUAUAGGUAGCAUAGCAAGCAUUUGGUGGAGAUCUACCAAGUUGAAACCUCCAGAUUUCUACAACUACCUAAACCAGUCAAGUUGCAUAAUAACGGCGGUGGGUCGGUCAUACACAGAUUUUACAAGCCCCGCAUACCACUCAAAACGUAAAAUUGAAGAUGAACACAGAAUAUUUCAAGAUAGUUGGGAGAUUGAAUUUUUCUGUAUAUCUGGUAAGAAACACGAUGCUUUAUGUUUAAUUUGUCGUAAAACCAUAAAUAUUCCAAAACGUUAUAAUAUUAAUCGUCAUUACACCACUCAUCAUACUGAAUUUACUAAAAAUUAUCCACACCCAUCUAAAAUAAGAGAAAAAAAACUAAUUGAAUUAAAAAAAGGAAUUUAUUCUGAAAAACAAUCAAUGUUAUGGUUCACUAAUAAAAAUGAACUUGCAACAAUAUGUAUGAAGUAA